AUGACAAACGCGAGCAGGAAAUGUGUGGUUAUUCAUAACGGCUCAUGCUCAACUGUUGCGGGCUUCAGCAAUAUGGAACUACCCAAGUGCAUCAUUCCGUCAAGUUAUGUCAAGCGCAAUAACGAUGAAAAGCGUAUAUUUGGCACAUUUGAAAUGCUGGAUGAAACAGAAAAGAAUGAGUCAACCUCUAACGUAUAUACACUAAUUGAUGGUCGCGGCUAUCCAUAUAAUUGGGAAGAUUUAGAGGCGCAAUGGCGGUAUAUAUACGAAGAACACCUAAAAGUAUCUCCUGCAGAAUUGCCAUUAGUCAUAAGUGUACCAGCGAGCAAUGGUGAUACGGAUAUGAAAAUAAUGGAAAAAUUCUUCGAUCUUGCUUUCAAUAAAUUGAAGGUACCCAUUUUGCAAAUUUUGAUCGAACCGUUAGCCAUUGCGUUGUCAAUGGGCAAAAGUUCAGCGCUCGUGGUUGACAUUGGAGCAAGAGGCUGCAACGUCACGCCUAUUGUUGAUGGAACUGUGGUCAAGAGCGGUGUGAUGAAAUCUAAAUUUGGCGGAGAUUUCUUGGACUAUCAGAUAACAAAUUCUGAAUUUUUCAAUAAAGAAUAUGACGCAACAAACUUAAGUAGUUGUGAAAUGUGGUUUAGCUCGAAUACUUGGUUGCAACAAUUUAAAAGCACAAUGUUGCAAGUCAGCGAUAAGAAUUACAGUGAAUUAGAAAGGUACUACGAACUCCAACGACAACAACAGCAACAACAGCAACAAGCUUUUCCUAAUUUUGCCCUCAAUCCAUUAACUCAGAAGAAAAAUUUUCUGUUUAAGAAAAGUAAGACUGUAACAUUGGAACUUAGAGAUAGUUACAAGCUAGCAGAAAGCUUGUUUGAACCGAAGGACGCGCUUAAAGCCCAAGGAGAAUCGCAAGUUCAGUCACAUUCACAACCACACCUGCAACAACCAGCAAGCAAUAUUGGUCUGAGUGAACUUAUGUCCAAAUCUAUCAGAAAAGCAGGUGCAGGUGUCAGCAGUACUGGAACUCUUGGAGGAGGUGGUACGGGUGCCUCUCUAACCCUAAAUGAGAAAGGAUCACAACAUAAUACAAAUGCAAGUUCUAACUCGCAGUUGACUAAUGGAGUUGCAAAUCCUGCUACGAGUGGUAUUACUUCCGAACAGGUGUACUCUUUGUUAUUGACUAACGUGAUAAUUACCGGUGCUACCUCGUUAAUCGCUGGAAUGGAGCAAAGAAUUAUUAAUGACUUGUCCAUAAGAUUCCCUCAAUACAAGCUAACAACCUACGCAAACCAGAUCAUGAUGGACAGAAAAGUUCAGAGCUGGAUUGCUAUGAACUCAAUGUCCAAUUUACCAAACUGGGAACUCGGAAAGUGGUAUACAAAGCAGGACUUUGAUCUUCUCAAACAAUCGCAAAGCCACAAGAAUUAG